UUUCAGGUGGAAAAUCUGCAAGCGAAGCAGACAUGGAGACGGCCGUGUUUAUUCACCACGUGUUCAUUGCGGCUGCUCUGGUCCUGACCACCGUCGUCUCCGUUUUCGUGCACAGCGCCGGUCUCUUCCUGGAGGAGGUGAAGCACGUCGACUCUCGUCACGGGGGCAGGUACCUGCAAGCCUUCCGGAGUUGUCUCCACUUCCCCCUGAGCGGUGGCCACCCUGUCCUGCUGGUGCUGUCUGCGUUUGUCCUGUUUGUCCUGUGGUUCGUCCAGAUGGAGAUGUUCAGGCGACUGCUCUCCCUGUACUGGGAACUGCUGGUGCUGCUGACAGGGGUGCAGCUUUUCAUCGUGUCAUACUUCAUGAAACCAGCUGCAGUUGAGGUGAUGCAGCAGGUGGAAGGGUCCAAACAGAACGUUGCUCACGGACUGGCCUGGUCCUUCUACACAGGGUAUCUCAAGAUUGUUCUACCCAGUCUUCAUGAACGAAUCAAGGAGUCGGCGUGGAAAAAAGAGAUCCACCCCACAGCUCGAAGGCUGCUGGUUCUGAUGCCUCUGAAGUGUGAAGUCAGAGCCAAGCUGGAGGAUGCUGACUCCUACAUCAAGAAUGUUACUGCAGGAUUGAGAAGUGACAAAAGCCUACAACCUGUUCUAAAGGACAGGGGUGGCAUCAAGGGGAGGGUGUACAAAAACGAUGUGCAUCAAGUCACUGACCCAGACACUGGACGUUCAGAGUACUGUGUUGUGGAGUAUGCCACCAAUGUGCAGACCCUGUAUGACAUGCAGACAGCCUGUGAAGGCUUCAGUAGAGAGGCCAGGGAACAACAGGUGAAACUGCUGUACUGUACCCUGAAGAGCAUCAUUGAUGACGACCCUGAGUGCAGGGACAGAGUGGUGCUGGUGCCACUGGACAUAACAGAUGCUAAGGAUCACAAACUGGCCAGGGUCAUCCUGCACACCUUAAAGCAGCUCAAGUCAGAAACAGUCGACAUGCCAGAUGUACCAGAUGUGCAAGAUGUACCAGAUGUACAAGACAUACCAGAACAAAACAUGCGAGAUGUACCAAACAUGCGAGAUGUACCAAACAUGCGAGAUGUACCGAACCUGCAUGCUGAUGAGACCGUCCCAAAGGUGGCAACCGAGUGUUCUGACUACACACCCUACCAGGAAAGUGACAGGCAGACGGACAUGGCUUGUGGUCCUUGCCAGGACUCCCAGGAUCCACCUACUUCCUCGGACAAGAUAGAGAAAGAAUCUGCAGGAUAUUGUUUACAGGAGAGUAAGAAGAAACCCAGUCAAGUUAGACCAUUUUGACGCAGCAACAACACAUUAUGCACUUAUCCAACCUGGGGUGCCGAAGCAGCUUGCCAUUUUGAGAAACUGACUUUUUUUCCCAACAAAGUAACAAUUAUUUACUCUCUCUUAAGUAGCAUUUUUGCACCAGCAUCGUAAUAGUUGAUGUGGCAACAACACGGUUCAUUUACGCAAUUGUUACUCUCCAAGCAGAGGUUUGGGUUUUGGGGGUAUUUUUAGCGUGUUUUUAGGCUUUUUUAUCGGGGCUUCUCUUUUGCACUGAAUUUUUUUCCCACCAAACCCAA